AUGUCAACACAUCAAUAUUACGAACUCAAUGAAAUAUCAAACUCUGAUUAUUAUUCUCUCCAGAACACAACUGCACACCCAUAUGAGAAAUAUUUUCGAGCAAAGAUAUCAGAUUAUUCAUGGAAGAAAUUUUUGCUUUUGAUUUAUCAAAGAUUUCUGUCAAGUAUUGUUGCAUCUUUUUUGCUGUCACUUUUCAUUGUGGCUAAUGCCAUUGUUAUUGUUAUUUGUGAAGUGGUUAUUUAUCCAAAGAAUAGCAACUUUAAUCAUGACAUUCCGAGAGUUUACCAAGUAACUCAACUUAGUGUUAAAAAACAAACCUUAGCUCUAAAAUGUGAUUCAUUCUUCUUUGCAUCAGAUAGAGAAACUCAAUCGAAAAUUGAUCGUUCCAGAAAUACAGUGGUUAAGAUUGAUAAGGGAACUUCACAUUAUUAUGAAGAAAAGUGGGAAAUACCAAACUUUUCAACAUACUUGUUGGUUAGGAGAGAUGAAGUCAAAUGGUCAUUCUUUUAUUCAAUCCCAUUCUAUGUGUGCUGUUCAUUAUUCUUUUGUAAUUGGUUGUACAGAUUGAUUUUUGCUAUUGUAAACCAAGUAGAGAAUGUAGUUUGUGUGAAGGAAUUUACUAUUAAUAAUUCAUUUAACAGAAAGGCAGAUUUUAACGAGUUGUAUUGCUAUAGAGGUUGUUCUGGAAAGAGGGGUUAUGCAACUCGUAGAAAUAAAUACACCAAACACCUGUGGUAA